AUGUUUUUGUGGCUGAAUGGAAGCUCACAGCCGGCCAAGCCAGUUGGCUGGCCAAAUGACAUGCAAUACUAUGAGAAGACCGCUAUAUCAGAUCGGAAAACGGACCCUCCUUCACCUUUGUCCGGGAAAGUGAAGCGCAUCCACACUAAACGAGAACAAGUCCCAUUGAUGCUGCAGGAAUUUAUAUCCCCAUAUAUCCACUUCCAAAUAUGUCAAGCCUCUCAAGAUCUUUUCUACUUCCUUUUCCCCAAUAUAUCCGUGUUCUUUCCUAUCUUCCAGUUGAAUAAGGAGCCAGCCCUUGCUCAAUGGACGUCGCUGCAAUUUUUGAUAUACCUACACAUUGAACCCUUAUACUCGGUUACCGGUCCCCCGUCCCAGCUGGGAACAUUCAUCCCAUCUAAUACAUACACUUUGACGGGACGAGAGACUGCCAGCCUCGAGGCAAGGGGAAAUAUCACACUAGAUGUAUCCCCGUUGCCAGACGACUACCGGAAGGGAACCAUCAUGGUGGUGGCGGCAUCAUUGGUCGCUGUCGUUGCGGUUCUAGGGCUAUUGGGCUUCCUGACACAUCGGCUUGUAUUCUGGCAUAAACAUGACGGAUCUUAUCUUGGGCAUAAUCAGUUUGUUGUUCUUAUCUACAACCUGCUGCUGGCGGAUCUCCAUGUUGCCCUUGGAUUUCUUAUUUCAGCCCAUUGGAUACAGAGCGAUGGCCUGUUUGCUAGCUCCCCUUUUUGCUUCAUCCAAGGAUGGCUGCUGCAGAUAGGUGACCCGUCAAGUGGAUUAUUCGUCGCCGCAAUCGCAGUCCAUACAUUUGCAACAGUCGUUGCUGGGAGAAAACUAUCAUACAAGCUGACUGUAAGCUGUAUCAUUGGGCUUUGGUGCUUCUGUCUACUCCUUGCCUUGAUCCCAACAAUCAGACAUGGAAGAGACACAUACGUUCCGUCUGGAGCAUGGUGUUGGAUUGAUGACGACUUCGAAGCAGAAAGAUUUUGGGCCCAUUACCUCUGGAUCUUCUUCUCGGAAUUCGGCUCUAUCAUGCUUUACACCAUCCUAUUUUUCUAUCUUCGGCGAAAAAUGAAAGCGUCAGCUGCGCUAGCCCGUGGGCAGAGGGAGAAUUUUGGCAGACUGAGCCGGGUCACAGGCUAUAUGGUUCUCUAUCCCCUCGCAUAUCUUCUCCUCUCUCUCCCCAUUGCCGCAGCCCGGAUGGUAAGCAUGCAAGGAAAUAAUCCAUCGCUCACCUACCUAUGUAUUGCUGCUGCUAUCAUCGCUAGCUCUGGCACCGUCGACGUCAUCAUGUAUACAUUGACUCGCAAAGCACUGCUACUUGACUCUGAGCUGUCUCGGCCGUCUGAAAAGGGAGGUUCCGGCUCGAAUGCCCGUCAUAGCCAAAUAACGUCUACUGCCCCGGAUCCUCGGAAACCCAAGGGGUACGAGCUCAAGAAGUUGAACAAAAACAAUACGAAGAAUCCUGCCUUUUUUGCCGAUCAAUCAACAGACGACAUUAUUGAUCAGCUUGAGAAGGGUGGUUUUGGUAAAGUGUACCAACAGACCACGAUUGAAAUUAUCCAUGAGCCUGCUGGAUUAGACAAUAAUGAACCACCUUCUUCCUCGACUUCGAUUGAUCAAGCUGUGAUCGCCAGGGGUCCCUCUCCCCAGCCAGGUCAACCAUGGGGAGGCGAGUGGAAAUGA